CUUGAAUGCACCACAGUAGUAAACUUCCACAUCCCGGUGUGACACUUUAUAUAAGAGACGUUUAUGAUCGCUCAAUAACUCCGGAUAGGACUUGAAAUGAGGGACAGGUCCAGCUGUUCCAGUGAACAACGCUUUAACCGAACUGCACAUUUGAGAUCAUAUUUUUACGUAACUAGCUAACGUUAAUUCGGUAACGCCUCCUUGUCACCUCUGUGUUCGGUUCCAAAGUACAACUAACGUUAACGUCAGAUUAGCGAGUUGAUGUGAGAGUUCACCGGGCCAAAGUGUAUUCUACCGGUUUGACCGGUUUGAUUCCCACCGACUGUUAAACGUUAAUGUCUGAAGUGUGUUUCUACAAGAAGCGACAUGAGUGGAAGAGGAGAAACCACCGAGGAGCCGUCCUCCAGAGCCUCAGCUCCCUCCCAGGCUAACGUUACCGACCAACAGAAGAGGAAGAGCAUUCUGAACGUGGUCUACCUCAUCACUGCUCUGGACAUCACAUGGAUGUUCUUACAGUUGUCUGUCACUCCUUAUUUGGCAAGGAAAACUGGGCUUUGACACCUUGUGUUUGGUUAUUUACAAACCAUGGUCGGUGUAGUCCAACUGAUUGGGGGUCCUGUGUUUGGAAGGUUUGGAGAUCUCUUCGGAGCGCGGGCAGCUUUGUCUCUGGCGUGUUCUGCUACGGUGGUUUUCUUUCUACUGCUGGCCAUCGCAGAGAGUCCUGCCAUGCUGUUCAUCCACAAACUCCCUACAGUCUUCAUGCAUGCCCUGCCUGCGUCUCAGAUGGUCGUUGCAGACCUGACAGAACCUGAAAAACGGGCAGAUGCUUUAUCCAAACUAGGUCUGUGUUUUGGCAUCGGUAUAAUAGCUGGGUCCACGUUGGGCGGCAAUCUUAACACACGCUAUGGGGAGACAUUUACUGCAUGUUUUGGUGCUGCGGGGAGUGCCUUCAAUUUACUGCUGGUUUUAAGUUUAUCCCAAAAAACUACCAAAUCUCAAGCUCCAAAAACCAACAAAGACGGUGAGAACAAAAAGAAGUCGAUAUUCAACGUGGGAGAGAUCACAAGACUGAUGAAGUUUCCAGGUGUGAAGCGGACUUUAGUUGUGAAGAUAGUUGCAGGUUUGCCAUCAGGCAUUUUUCAAGUGAUGUUCAGCAUCAUUGCGUUGGACUUUUUCAAGCUGCAACCUGAGCAGAAUGGCUAUCUGAUGGCUUACUUUGGCAUAGCCUCGAUGGUGGUUCAGGGAGGAGUGAUCGGUCGGCUCACAGGAAGAUACUCUGAGAACUCGCUGCUGCUUUUGUCUAUCGCAGUUUCUUCUUUGGUGGGACUGGCUCAGGCUUACAUGCAGAAUGUGUUCCACUUCUGCCUCACCGUCGUCCCGAUGAUGUUUUCUCUCAGUAUGUUUAACGUCAUCACAGACAGCAUGCUCACCAAGAGCGUCCCGUCCUCUGACACAGGCACGAUGAUGGGACUCUGUUCAUCAGUCCAGUGUCUGACUCGCACAAUCGGGCCGACUGUUGGCGGCUUCCUGUAUGUGAACUACGGCAUUUCCUCUAUAGGCUUUCUGCAGUUUGUUGUGAACAUCGCUGUGUUUGUGUACUGCUGCAGCGUCGCCUCAAGAAAACGGCCGAGAAACAGCAAUGACAUCGCUCAGCUUCUUUUCAUCCUCCACAAAUUCAGUGUUUGAUUUCUAUUUCUAUAUAUUCAUAUUGAAAUCACUCUGAUGACAUAAGGUCCAGUCCAUCCACUUCUUCAUUAUUCAGAUUUUGUUGCUCUGUUUAAUCUGUGGUGGAGAUUCAGGACCGAACCACUAGAUGGCAGCCAACCCUUCAUUUUACCUGAUGAUGCUUUUAUUUUACGUGGUUCAUCAUUCACACUACUUACACUUUAAAAAAACAGUUUUUAUUAAACAUCAUCAAAAAUGAUGAAAUAUUAGACCAAUCAACAUCACUCCUGAUUGAGCAUAGUUACAUCAGGACUAUUUUUGAUGAAAUUUUGUUUUCUUAUUUGUCUUUUCUUUUCGUAAAUCUUUAAAAAAUUAUGAUUUUAUUUUUGUAUAUUAAUAAAUGUAUUGCAUUCCAGACUUCC